CACCCUAUUUGGCACAAGUCCCAUAUAUAACUUCAGCUGUGUAAGCAAAGCCAGUUCAAAUAUAAAGCGUCCAACAGGACACACCAGUGUGGUAGCAGACCCCCGAAGACUCCAGCUUGAGGAUUGUGGAAUAAAACCGAUUUUGAAAGAGAGAGGGUCAGAAGUAAACUGUCACCAUGAGUACGGACGCGGAGAUGGCCAUUUAUGGCAAGGCUGCCAUUUACCUGCGUAAGCCAGAGAGGGAGAGAAUUGAGGCUCAAAACGCACCUUUUGAUGCCAAGGCCGCCUGCUAUGUGGCUGAUGUCAAAGAGCUGUACUUGAAGGGAACAAUCAUCAAGAGAGAUGGUGGCAAAGUCACCCUCAAAGUCCUGGACACUCAGGAGGAGAGGACAGUUAAAGAAGAUGACGCCUCCACGAACCCUCGGCACGACAAAAUUGAGGACAUGGCCAUGAUGACUCCAUCUCAAAAGCCUCUGGUCCUGUAUAACCUCAAAGAGCGUUAUGCAGCAUGGAUGAUCUAUACCUACUCUGUUGUCUCUGUGCCACUGUUAACCCUUACAAAAUGGCUCCCAGUGUACGAUUCUGAAGUUGUAAAUGCCUAUAGAGCAAAGAAGCGUAUGGAGGCUCCACCCCACAUCUUCUCCGUCUCUGACAACGCUUAUCAGUGUAUGUUCACAGAUAGGGAGAACCAGUCUGUCUUGAUCACUGGAGAAUCUGAAGCUGAAAGACUGUGAUCACGAAACGUUGUCAUCCAGUACUUUGCCACACCCAGUGGCAGGAGGAGCAGACAAGAAGAAGGAAGUAAAAAAUAUCAGGGGUCACUGGAGGAUCGAUUAUUAGCCAAUCCCCUGCUGGAGGCCUACGGUAAUGCCAAAACUGUGAGGAAUGACAACUCUUCUCGGGCUUUGUAAGGUAAAUUCAUCAGAAUCCAUUGCACAACUGGCAAACUGGCCAGUGCUGACAUUGAGACAUAUCUGCUGGAGAAGUCAAGAGUGACAUACCAGCUUCCUGCUGAGAGAGGCUACCACAUCUUCUACCAGAUGAUGACAAACCACAAGCCGGAGCUAGUUGAGGCGUCACUCAUCACAACCAACCCCUACGACUUCCCCUUGAUCAGCAUGGGUCAGAUCACUGUGGCCAGCAUUGAUGACAAAGUUGAGCUGGAAGCCACUGAUAAUGCUAUUGAUAUCCUGGGCUUCACUGCUGAGGAGAAGAUAGGCAUCUACAAGUUUACUGGUGCUGUGAUCCACCACGGUAACAUGAAGUUCAAGCAGAAGCAGCGUGAGGAGCAGGCUGAACCCGAUGGCACAGAAGAUGCUGACAAGGUUGCUUACCUGUUGGGUCUGAACUCCGCUGACAUGCUGAAGGCUCUGUGCUAUCCCAGAGUGAAGGUCGGAAAUGAGUUUGUCACCAAGGGACAGACUGUACCUCAGGUGAGUAACUCAGUGACUGCCCUGUCCAAGUCCAUCUAUGAGAGGAUGUUCUUGUGGAUGGUCAUCCGUAUCAACCAGAUGUUGGACACACAGCAGAGGAACUACUAUAUUGGUGUUCCGGAUAAUACCGGGCUUGAAAUCUUUGAUUUCAACACCUGGAGCAACUGUGCAUCAAUCCCCACCAAUGAGAAACUGCAACAGUUCUUCAACCACACCAUGUUCGUCCUGGAGCAAGAGGAGUACAAGAAGGAGGGUAAUAUCUGGGAGUUCAUUGACUUUGGUAUGACUCUGGCCGCCUGUCUCUGCACUUUCAUCUUAGCCCAUGGCAUCUUCUCCAUCCUUGAAGAGGAGUGCAUGUUCCUGGUUGGGCUACAGACAUCCUUCAAGAAUAAGCUCUAUGAUCAGCAUCUUGGCAAAAAUAAAGCAUUUGAGAAGCAACCUGCAAAGGCGAAGGCUGAGGCCCACUUCCUGGUGCACUAUGCUGGUACAGUGGACUACAACAUCGGUGGCUGGCUGGACAAGAACAAGGACCCAUUGAAUGACUCUCCUCUUGUUCUGCAGCUGUACCAGAAGUCCUCAGUGGAAACGGUUGGCUGGCCUGUAUCCCCUGUUGUUGAGGAGAUAGGAAAGAAGGGAGGCAAGAAGAAGGGUGGCUCUAUGCAGACUGUGUCUUCACAGUUUAGGGAAAACUUGGGCAAGCUUGAUGACUCAACUUGGAGGAGCACUCAUCCUCACUUUGUGCGCUGUCUGAUUCCCAAUGAGACAAAGGUUCCAGGACUGAUGGAGAACUUCCUGGUCAUCCACCAGCUGAGGUGUAACGGUGUGCUGGAGGGUAUCAGAAUCUGCAGAAAAGGUUUCCCCAGCAGAAUCCAAUAUGGUGACUUCAAGCAGAGGUACAAGGUAUUGAAUGCCAGUGUCAUUCCUGAGGGCCAGUUCAUUGACAACAAGAAGGCUUCAGAAAAGCUGCUCGGAUCGAUUGAUGUUGAUCAUGACCAGUACAGAUUUGGACACACAAAGGUGUUCUUCAAGGUUGGUCUGCUGGGUAUUUUUGAGGAGAUGAGAGAUGAAAAGUUUGCAUCUCUGGUCACAUGAUCAGGCUUCUGCCGUGCUUACCUCAUGAGGAAGGAGUUUGUGAAGAUGAUUUGGAGAGGAGGUAUCAUCUACACCAUCCAGCACAACGUGCCAUUCAUGAAUGUCAAACACUGGCCAUGGAUGAAGGUUUACUACAAGAUCAAGCCUCUGCUGAAGAGUGCUGUAACUGAGAAGAGCUGUCUCAGAGAAGGGGAAAACUAUGAUAAGAUGACAACUGACUUGGCUACUGCCCUGGCCAAGAAGAAGGAUCUAGAGGAGAAGAUGGUGUCUCUUCUGCAAGAGAAGAACGAUCUGCAGCUCCAAGUCACAUCCGAAGGAGAUAAUCUGUCAGAUGGGAGGAAAGAUGAGGGACUUAUCAAGAGCAAGAUUCAGAUGGAGGCCAAACUCAAAGAAACAACUGAGAGACUUGAGGAUGAAGAGGAAAUCAAUGCUGAGCUUACUAAGAAGAGAAAGUUGUAAGAUGAAUGUUCUGAGCUCAAGAAGGAUAUUGACGAUUUGGAGCUUACAUUGGCCAAGGUGGAGAAGGAGAACAUGCCACUGAGAACAAGUUUAAGAACUCCGAUAGAGGAGAUGGCCUCUCAAGAUGAGAGCAUUACAAGCCGGACUAAGGAGAAGAAAGCCUCUUCAGGAGGCUCAUCAACAGACUUGAUGACUCUGCAGGCUGAGGAAGACAAAGUCAACACUCUGUCCAAGGCCAAGACAAAGCUUGAGCAGCAAGUCGAUGAUAACUUGAGGGUUCCCUCUGAACAAGAGAAGAAACUGCGUGAGGACUUGAGAGAGCCAAGAGGGGCUCGAGAGGGAGAUCUGAAACUGGCCCAGAAUCAUAUGGAUCUUGAGAAUGACAAGCAGCAGUCUGAGGAGAAAGGGAAAAAGAAAGACUUUGAAAUCAGCCAACCUCUUAGCAAGAUUGAGGAUGAGCAGUCUAUGGGAUCUCAGCUUCAGAAGAUCACAGCUUCAGAAAGAGGUGAAGAAAGUAAUGAGAUGAGCAAGAAGCGGGAAGCUGAGUUCCAGAAGUGCCGUGACCUUGAGGAGUCCACCUGCAGCAUGAAGCCACUGCUCCGCCUUCGCAAGAAGCAGGCUGACAGCGUUGCUGAGCUGGGAGAGCAGAUCGACAACCUCCAGCUUGUCAAGCAGAAGCUUGAAAAGGAAAAGAGUGAAUACAAAAUGGAGAUUGAUGCCUCCAGCAACAUGGAGGCUGUGCGGCUAAAGCAAAGGGAAAUCUUGAAAAGAUGUGCCGUACUUGAGGACCACUCCAGUGAACUGAAGACUAAGAAUGACAGGGAAAUGUUCACAAGCAAUGACUUGGGUGGACAGAAAGCCCGUCUCCUGACAGAAAAUGGUGAGUUCAGUCAAAUUGAAGAGAAGAGGCUUGUCUCCCAGCUGACCAGAGGCAAACAGGCUACACAACAGAUUGAAGAGCUGAAGAGACAGAUUGAAGAGGAGGUUAAGGCCAAGAAUGCUCUUGCCCAUGGACUGCAAUCAGCCCGCCAUGACUGUGACCUGCCGAGGAAACAGUUUGAGGAGGAGCAGGAGGCCAAGGCUGAGCUGCAGCGUGAAAUGUCCAAGGCCAACAGUGAGUGUGGCCCAGUGGGAGUAGCUGGGCAUGAAACUGAUGCUAUUCCGCGCACUGAGGAGAUUGAGGAGUCCAAGAGAAAGCUGGCUCAGCGUCUUCAGGAGGCUGAGGAGCAGAUUGAGGCUGUGAACUCCAAGUGUGCUUCUCUGAGAAAAGAACCCAAUAGAGGCUGCAGAGUGAGGUGGAGGACUCAUGAUUGAUGUGAGAGGGCUAAUGGGCUGGCUGCUAACCUGGACAAGAAGCAGAGGGAACUUCGACAAGGUGUUGGCAGACUGAAGCAGAAGUAUGAGGAGGGUCAGUCAGAGCUUGAGGGAUCUCUGAAGGAGGCUCGUUUUCCCGGCACUGAGUUGUUCAAGAUGAAGAACUCUUAUGAGGAAUCUCUGGAUCCUGAGACCAUGAAGCGUGAAAACAAGAACCUGCAACGUGAGAUCUCUGAUCUGACUGAACAGAUCGGUGAGACUGCAAGCAUCCAUGAGCUGGAGAAGUCCAAGAAGCAGGUGGAGACAGAGAAAUCUGAGAUCCAGACAGCUCUUGAGGAGGCUGAGGUAUGGAACUCUGAACAUGAAGAGUCUAAGAUCCUGCGUGUUCAGCUGGAGCUCAACCAGAUCAAGGGUGAGGUGGACAGAAGUGGCAGAAAAGAUGAGGAGAUGGAGCAGAUCAAGAGAAACAGCCAGAGGGUGACUGACUCUAUGCAGAGCACUCUGGAUUCUGAGGUCAGCAGGAACGAUGCCCUGAGAAUCAAGAAGAAGAUGGAGGGAGACCUGAAUGAGAUGGAGAUUCAGCUGAGCUAUGCCACCGCCAGGCUUGAGUCCCAGAAGCAGCUGAGGAAUGUGGUUACAGCUGAAGGUAUUGAUGCUCAACUGCACCUUGACGAUGCUGUUAGAGCCCAGGAGGACCUUAAGGAACAAGUUUGUAUGGUGGAUCGCAGGAACGGUCUGUUGAUGGUAGCUGAAAUUGAGGAACUUAGAGCUGCUCUGGAACAGACAGAGAGAGGUCGCAAAGUCGUGCUGAACAGGAGCUGGCAGGAUGCCAGUGAGCGUGUUGGACUUCUUGCACCUCAGAACACAAGCCUUCUGAACACCAAGAAGAAGUUUGAAACUGACCUGGUUCAGGUCCAGAGUGAAGUUGAUGACACUGUUCAGGAAGCAAGGAAUGCAGAGGAGGCUAAGAAAGCCAUCACUGAUGCUGCGAUGAUGGAUGAGCCAAAGAAGGAGCAGGAUACUAGCCCCCACCUGGAGAGGAUGAAGAACCUGGAGGCUGCUGAUGACCUGCAGCACCGCCUGGAUGAGGCUGAGAACCUGGCCAAGAAGGGUGGCAAGAAGCAUGCUCCAGAAACUGGAGUCUAGGUAAGAGAAUCAUGUGCGCGAGGCUUGAGUUGUGAGAUUGACGCUGAGCAGAGACGUGGAGCAGAUGCUAAGGGUGUCCGCAAAGGGCUUCAGAGGAGAGUGAAGGAGCCCACCUACCAGACUGAGGAGGACAAAGGUUAAGAAAACGUUUCCAGGCUGCAGGAUCUGGUUGACAAGUUGCAGCUCAAGGUGAAGGCGUACAAGAGGAAUGCUGAGGAAGCGGAGGAGCAGGCCAAUGUCCACCUGUCCAAGUGCAGGAAGGUCCAGCAUGAGCUGGAGGAGGCUGAGGAGCGUGCUGACAUUGCAGAGUCCCAGGUCAACAAGAUGAGAGCCAAGACCCGUGACUCUGGAAAGGGUAAAGAGGCAGCUGAAUAAAGCUCAUCGGCUGAUCGCCUGUUUCAAAUCAUAUAAUAUGAGGUGAAAUAUGCUGUUAAAAUAAAUCGUAUUUAUUGCUCUGAAA